AUGUCCUCCCAAUUAGGUAUUGGCGUUCCCGUCCCUAAAUUUCUCCCUGUCACUGGCACCUGGACCUUGCCAUUCGUUGCAUAUCUCAGCUUCCUUUCGCAUCGCGUUGUGUUUGAUCGCCUCAAUUCCAAGCAAUGGAUUGGCGACCGAUCCUCACCUGGCAAAGAUCGUGAUGAAUUGGAGGUCGACAGCCGUGCUCACGCAAACUUCCUCGAAAACGUGCCGCUCGCCUUUACACUUGCAGCCGUUGCAGAGCUUAAUGGUGCCAAUCGCAAAUACCUCAACUAUGCGAUGGCUGCACUCUUUGCUUUGAGGCUUCUACAUGCAGAGUUGGGUAUCAAGAGAGAAGAAUCAAUGGGCUUUGGACGACCAGCAGGGUUCUGGGGUACCCAGGGCUGGUUGAUAGGCGUCGCCGGUUACUCAGCCUACCUUGUGAAGGGCUAUUGGGGCUACUAG